AACACAAGAUGAACCUCUCGUUACACAGUAUCCAGGCCUUCCUCAUUAUCGAUGCAGAGGGGAACCGUGUCCUCGCCAAGUAUUAUCAUCCCAAAAGCAACCCAUGGGGCGAGAUCAAAGAAUUCCAAUCCCUAAAGGACCAAAAGGCAUUCGAAAAGGGACUGUGGCAAAAGACCAAGAAGGCUGGAGGUGAUAUUAUCUUGUACGACGGCCAUCUCGCCGUAUACAAGCAUUCCUUGGAUGUCAUCCUGUACUUUAUCGCUGGGCCGACGGAGAAUGAGUUGAUGGUCUCGCUUGCGCUCUCGACGCUAAUCGACGCGAUGACCAUGCUUCUCCGAAACUCUCUCGAGAAGCGCGGGAUCUUGGAGAACUUGGAUAUGGUGUUGCUAUGCUUGGACGAGACAGUCGACGAUGGGAUCAUCCUGGACACAGAUUCCGCAGCUAUUGCUUCGCGAGUCACCCGGCCACGGCCAGACAACGAGAUGGGUAUCAACAUCAACGAGCAGACGCUUAUGAGCGCGUACCUGACCGUCAGGGACAAGGUCCAGCAAAGGAUCGGUCAGCUGUAGUGCUUUGAUCCCCCACCAUACAUACCCUUUCUGCGCCCCACCUAAUCCCCGGCCCCCGGCAUACAUAGCAAUAUCCAUACUCCUCGCCCACUCAUUUCGCCCGAUUCGCCUUCCUCAGCCUGUGUACUGGGCCCCAUUCGACCUUCAACGUUGGAGACUCGUUUCGUCUUUCGACUUCUGCUCGAACUCUUCUCGAUUUCCUAAGGAGAUCCCCACACACCUGCUGUCAUAUGUUAUCAGCAUUGUCAUUUCCCUGCACCGUCAUGUACUAGUGACUGCCAUUGACGCCUAGGGAAAGAAACGGGUUGCAAUG